AUGUUCUCCAAGAUCUUCUCCCUCACCACUUUGGUGGCCGCGGCCUCCGCAUACACCGUCCUUACCCCAACUCUCAACUCCACCGUUGCAAAGGGGAAAUCCACCAGUGUGACCUGGUCCUCCGUUGAUACUGAUGCGUCCCAAUUCUCCAUCUACCUCGUCAACUUCAAAGACUGGCCUCCUACCGUCAUCUCCCUCGCUCAAAACGUUCCACAAUCCGAGAAGAGCAUCGAUGUUACUAUUCCCUGUGAUGUGAGCAGUGAUUACGGAUGGCAACUCAACUUCAUCAACGGAACCAAUACCUACGUCAUCUACGCCCAAUCCAAUGCCUUCUCCCUUACCGGAUCAUGCGUUGACCCCACUACCUCUUCCUCUGUUUCCGUCGCUACCACCACUGCGUAUGCGACCAAGAACUCAACCGUUACCGCCUUCUCUACUGCCACCACAACCGCCAUCUCCAAAGUUAUCGAGACCGUAACCUUCACCAGCCCCAUCGUUUGGUUCGUCCAACCUACCUCCAUCGGUUCCAUGUGCGCCCCACCAAAGACCGUAACAGUCUAUGCCGAUGGACCCGCCCCAACCGAUUGCAGCUCUGGCUCUGGUCCCUCGGGAUCUUCAUCAGGAGGCCAUGGUUCGGGCUCUGGCUCCAGCUCUGGUUCCGGUUCCGGUUCUCCAGGAACAUACAGUAACUCCACUACCGGCACCAGCAAACCAAGCUAUAGCGUCCUUCCAUCGGGUACUGGUUCCGGACCAAAGUCUACUAGUACAGCUACCACACCUGUCUUCACUGGCGCAGCGACUUCUGUUCAAGCUGGUUCAAUGCUUGCUUUGAUUGCUGGUGCCGCAGUUGUUUUGUUGUAG